AUGGGUCAUAUCUCCGGGGGUGGUUCCGAUGCUCUGGUUGCGACAACAUCAUACCCAGAUGCACGAUGGCAGCCCGCCAAGUCAGGCUACCACACGCACCGCUAUGGCAGGCUAAUGGCUGUCUGCAAGACACGGGAGGACUGGGCAAAAUGGGAGGAAGUAAGUUCCGGUACUAUUCGCACCGUAAACGACCGGUGUCUGAAAGGCAGGAGAAUCGCUGCCGGCUUUCCUCCAACCGGACAAUUCUGGACAGCGAGUCCUCUGGUCAUAAAGGUGGUCUACACUGGUCGACCUUUGGUCUUCGAAAUGCCUGCGAAUACGAUGGGCGCAGGAUCGAAUCCUGGUGGCUUGGUAGACGUUCUGGGAAGGCAGCCUGCUUAUGCACCAGUUAACCAAGCGUGGGUGGAUGGCUUCGGGGACGGACCUCGGGCUAUCGGCCGUGCUCCCGAUCCAGUGGUCGCAGCCACCGAUUUCUGUCGAUUCAACGGACCAUACUGCUCCUUCCGUUCCAAGUCGUCAAAGCUGCCCCUACAGGCUGUGUACAAGUCCGCCCCUCAUAGCGAUGUUAGGAUCAACACUGAUAUGUCAACAAGCGCAAUGAGACAUUCCCAGCUGAAGGUAUUCCUAAACUUCAGUCUCGAAUAA